AUUGAACUAUGUAAAAAGCCAUUAAUUCCAGCCAUAAAUGGUUAUGCAGUCGGAGUAGGAUUUGAACUUGCUUUAAUGUGUGAUUUAAGGGUAAUGGAGAAAAGUGCAGUAAUGGGAUUUCUAAAUAGGCGUUAUGGCAUUCCUAUAUUGUGUGGUGGUACCGUUCGUUUGCCAGCUUUGAUCGGCUAUUCAAGAGCAAUGGAAGUCAUUUUAACUGGUCGUGCUAUUUUUGCAAAAGAAGCAUUUAAUUGGGGUUUAGCUAAUCGAUACACAGCUCCUGGUGCAGUCAUAGGCACUGCAGUUAACUUAGCUAAAUCAUUAGUUAAAUUUCCUCAAAAAGCAUUGCUCGCAGAUCGUGCAUCCGCAAAUUAUGCUACAUUUUCUGCUAAACAAUUAGAAGAGGCUUUACAAUUUGAAAAGAAUAACGAGUCUCAUCUAAUAUUAAAGGAUAGUGUCGAUACAGAAAUUUUCUUUGCUUCGACUGGCUGACGAUGCACUGCUGAGACCGGAUCCACUGCAUAUUGGACGCGCAAUAAAAUCGUGGGGAUGUGCGCGCCAGCUUAGACGGCAAGAAAAAGGUGCUGAAAUAGGUCCUGUAUCA